UGGGCUCGGGGUCGGCGCGGCCCGCAAGGGGGGCGGGGGCCUCGCCCCGCGAGGGGAGGCUCGCCCCGGGGGCCCCGAGGGGGGCGGCGAGGACCGCGGGCUGCGGGUGCGGCGGCGGCGGCGCGUGUGCCCCGCGUAGGGGAGGACGGCCGCCCCGCUCCCGGCCCGGCUGCGAGAAGGAGGCGGCGGCGGCGGCGGCGCAGGAGGAUGUACUUGGUGGCGGGGGGCAGGGGGCUGGCCGGCUGCGGGCACCUCUUGGUCUCGCUGCUGGGGCUGCUGCUGCUGCUGGCGCGCUCCGGUACCCGGGCGCUGGUCUGCCUGCCCUGCGACGAGUCUAAGUGCGAGGAGCCCAGGAGCUGCCCGGGGAGCAUCGUGCAGGGCGUCUGCGGCUGCUGCUACAUGUGCGCCCGCCAGAGGAACGAGAGCUGCGGCGGCGCCUACGGGCUCCACGGAGCCUGCGACCGGGGGCUGCGCUGUGUCAUCCGCCCCCCGCUCAAUGGCGACUCCAUCACCGAGUACGAAGUGGGCGUCUGCGAAGAUGAGAACUGGGAUGAUGAUCAGCUGCUUGGUUUUGAGCCGUGCAACGAAAAUCUUAUCUCUGGCUGCAAUAUAAUCAAUGGGAAAUGUGAAUGCGACACCAUUCGAACCUGCAACAAUCCUUUUGAAUUUUCCAGGAAGGAUAUGUGCCUUUCAGCUUUAAAGAGGAUCGAAGAAGAGAAGCCAGAUUGCUCCAAGGCCCGCUGUGAAGUCCAGUUCUCUCCACGUUGUCCUGAAGAUUCCAUUCUGAUCGAGGGUUAUGCUCCUCCUGGGGAGUGCUGCCCCUUACCCAGCCGCUGCGUGUGUGACCCUGCAGGCUGUCUUCGCAAAGUCUGCCAGCCUGGAUACCUGAACAUACUAGUGUCAAAAGCUUCAGGGAAGCCGGGAGAGUGCUGUGACCUCUAUGAGUGCAAACCAGUUUUCAGCGUGGACUGUAGCACCGUGGAGUGUCCACCUGUCCAGCAGGCUGUGUGCCCCCUGGACAGCUAUGAAACUCAAGUGCGCCUCACAGCGGAUGGCUGCUGUACUCUUCCAGCAAGAUGCGAAUGUCUCUCUGGCUUAUGUGGUUUCCGUUGUGAGGUGGGAUCCACUCCCCGCAUAGUCUCUCGUGGAGAUGGGACACCCGGAAAGUGCUGUGAUGUCUUUGAAUGUGUUAAUGAAACAAAGCCAUCGUGUGUGUUCAACAGUGUGGAGUAUUAUGAUGGUGACAUGUUUCGAAUGGACAACUGUCGAUUCUGUCGAUGCCAAGGGGGCGUUGCUAUCUGUUUCACUGCUCAGUGCGGGGAGCUGAACUGCGAGAGAUACUAUGUGCCAGAAGGGGAGUGCUGCCCAGUGUGUGAAGAUCCAGUAUAUCCUUUCAACAAUCCUGCUGGUUGCUAUGCCAAUGGCCAGAUCCGCGCCCAUGGAGACCGGUGGCGAGAAGAUGACUGCACAUUCUGCCAGUGCAUCAAUGGAGAACCCCACUGCGUGGCCACAGCCUGCGGGCAGAGCUGCAUGCAUCCCGUGAAAGUGCCUGGGGAGUGCUGCCCUGUGUGCGAAGAACCAACCUACAUCACAAUUGAUCCACCUGCGUGUGGGGAGCUAUCAAACUGCACUCUGAUGGAGAAGGACUGCAUUUAUGGUUUCAAACUUGAUCACAGUGGUUGUCAAACUUGUCAGUGCAAAAACAGAGAGGAGCUAUGCUCAGGCCUGAAGCGAGGCUGUACCUUGGACUGUCCCUAUGGCUUCCUAACUGAUGCGCAUAACUGUGAGAUCUGUCAGUGCCGCUCACGGCCCAAGAAAUGCAGACCCAUCAUCUGUGACAAAUAUUGUCCACUCGGAUACCUGAAGAAUAAGCACGGCUGUGACAUCUGUCGCUGUAAGAAAUGCCCAGAGCUCCCAUGCAGUAAAAUCUGCACCUUGGGCUUCCAGAAAGACAGUCAUGGCUGUUUUAUUUGCAAGUGCAGAGAGGUCCCUGCUUCAGCUGGGCCACCUGUCCUGUCAGGCACAUGUCUGUCCAUGGAUGGCCAUCAUCAUAAAAAUGAGGAAAGCUGGCAUGAUGGGUGCCGGGAAUGCUACUGUCACAAUGGACGGGAAAUGUGUGCCCUGAUCACCUGCCCGGUACCUGCCUGUGGCAACCCCACCAUUCAUCCUGGACAGUGCUGCCCGUCAUGUGCAGAUGACUUUGUGGUGCAGAAACCAGAGCUCAGCACUCCUUCCAUCUGCCAUGCUCCUGGAGGAGAGUACUUUGUAGAAGGAGAAACAUGGAACAUCGACUCCUGUACUCAGUGCACCUGCCACAGUGGCCGGGUACUAUGUGAGACAGAAGUGUGCCCACCACUGCUCUGCCAGAACCCUUCACGCACCCAAGACUCUUGCUGCCCACAGUGUACAGAUGAACCUCUUCAGCCUUCCUCAUCCCAUAAUGACAGCGUGCCUAGUUACUGCAAAAAUGAUGAAGGGGAUAUAUUCCUGGCAGCUGAGUCCUGGAAGCCUGACGUUUGUACCAGUUGUGUUUGCGUGGAUAGCAUAAUUAGCUGUUACUCUGAGUCUUGCCCUUCUGUAUCCUGUGAAAGACCCGUUUUGAGAAAAGGCCAAUGUUGUCCCUACUGCCUAGAAGACACAAUUCCAAAGAAGGUGGUGUGUCACUUCAGUGGGAAGGCCUAUGCCGACGAGGAGCGGUGGGACAUUGACAGCUGCACACACUGCUACUGCCUGCAGGGCCAGACCCUCUGCUCAACCGUCAGCUGCCCCCCUCUACCCUGUGUCGAACCCAUCAACGUGGAAGGAAGUUGCUGCCCAAUGUGUCCAGAAAUGUAUGUCCCAGAACCAACCAAUAUACCCAUUGAGAAGAAAAAUUAUCAUGGUGAGAUUGACCUGGAGGUUCCCAUAUGGCCCACCCCAAGUGAAAAUGAUAUCAUCCAUCUCCCUAGAGAUAUGGGUCACCUCCAGGUAGACUACAGAGAUAAUAACAGGCUGCAUCCAAGCAAAGAUUCUUCACUGGACUCCAUUGUCUCAGUCGUGGUUCCCAUAAUAAUCUGCCUCUCCAUCGUAAUAGUAUUCCUGUUCAUCAACCAGAAGAAGCAGUGGAUACCACUGCUGUGCUGGUAUCGAACACCAACUAAGCCUUCUUCCUUGAGUAAUCAGCUGGUAUCUGUGGACUGCAAGAAAGGAACCCGAAUCCAGGUGGAUGGUUCCCAGAGAAUGCUAAGAAUUGCUGAACCAGAUGCAAGAUUCAGUGGCUUCUACAGCAUGCAAAAACAGAACCAUCUACAGGCAGACAAUUUCUACCAAACAGUGUGAAGACAGGCAACAUGAAUGAGGUCAUAAAGACAGGAAACGACUAAAUCUGCUCUUAAACGUAAACUAGAAUUUGUGCACUUGCUUAGUGGAUUGUAUUGGAUUGUGACUUGCUGUACAGCGCUAAGAACUCACUGGGAUGGGCUGUGUCUACAGCAGUGUGCAGAACAAGCAUUCCCACUUUUCCUCAAGAUAACUGACCACGUGUUUUCUCAGAACCAAAGGUUUUAAAGUUGCUAUGGUAUAUUUGCUUGUAAUAUAGCUGUAGAGAUGUUUUCGGGUGGGGACAGUGAAUUUGGUUGGGGGAAAUGGGAGGGAGGGUGGAGUUGGGAAGAAAAUUUGGUCAGCUUGGCUCGGGGAAAAAAUCCAGUAAAAUAAAAGCAGUUCAUGGCACAGAGGAUGUUUUUCCUAUUGCUCUGAAGACUGCACUGGUUGCUACAAAGCUUGGGUCUGAAUGAGCAGGAAACAAAAAGGCCUUGCGAUCCAGCUGCUGUAACCACCUUAGAACCACCAGACGAGCGCAUCAGAACUUUUGAUAGCCAUCCCAGGUCUAAAGCCACAGGUUUCUUUUCUAUAUAGUCACAACUGCACAGGCAGUGAGAAAGCCAGGGAAAUGCAGUAGCAGCAUUUCUCUAAAGCGGGUUAUUAAGAAUAUAUACAGUUACACUUUUUUGCUGCUUUUGUUUUCUUCCAAGCCAGUCAUCCAGUUCCUAGCAGAGACAGCAAAUGAACAAGAGCUAAGUCAUUUCUUAAUGCGAGCACUGGAGCUUUUCUUACACCGUGGCAGGCGGGAGGGAGAAGGGGAAGGACCCCAGGCAUUUCCAGGGGCUAUGUCUCAUGUUUGUUAUUUUGUUGUUGAAUUGUUGGUUGUUCAUAGUUUUUGUUGAAGCUCUAGCUUAAGAAGAAACUUUUUUUAAAAAAAGACUGGGGAUUUUUUUUCCUUAUUAUAUACUGAUUCUACAGAAUAGAAACUACUUCAUUUUAAUUGUGUAUUAUUCAAGCACCUUUGUUGAAGCUCAAAAAAAUUAUGCCUCUUUAAACUUUAGCAACAAUAGGAAUAUUUAUGUAACUAUCUUAUGCUUCAAAAAACAAAAGUAUUUGUGUGCAUGUGUGUAUAAUAUAUAUGUAUAUAUUAUAUCCACAUGCAAUUUAUGUUUUCCUGUUGAAUGUAUUUUUAUGAUAUUUUAACCAGAACAAAGGCAGAUAAACAAGAUAAACAGGCAUUCCAUAUCAAUGCUUUUGAUCAUUUACAGAUAUUUUGAAUAACACAAAAUCUCAUUCUACCUGCAGUUUAAUUGGAAAGGGGUGAGUGUGUGUGUGUGUGUGUGUGUGUGUGUGUGUGUGUGUGUGUGUGUGUGCGUGCAUGCACACACGCAUGCACCGUGAGCAGCCAGCAUUGCACCUGCUAUGGAGAGGAUAUUCCUUUAUUAAAAUCUUCUUCCUCACUUGGAUUUGCUUUCAGUUGGUUUUCAAUUUGCUCACAGGCCAGAGACAUUGAUGGUAGUUUUUAUCUGCAUCACUAAUCAGCUCCUGGAUUUUUUUUUUUUUUUCAAACAAUUGUUUGAAACAACUACUGGAAUAUUGUCCACAAUAAGCUGGAAGUUUGUUGUAGUUUGCCUCAAAUAUAACUGACUGUAUACUAUAGUGUUAACUUUUCAAACAGCUCUUAGCACUUUUAUACUAAUGACCCAUUUGUGCAUUGAUUUUUCUUUUAAAAAUGCUUGUUGUGAAAGACACAGAUACCCAGUAUGCUUAAUGUGAAAAGAAAAUGUGUUCUGUUUUGUAAAGGAACUUUCAAGUAUUGUUGUAAAUACUUGGACAGAGGUUGCUGAACUUUAAAAAAAAUUAAUUUAUUAUUAUAAUGACCUAAUUUAUUAAUCUGAAGAUUAACCAUUUUUUGUCUUAGAAUAUCAAAAAGAAAAAAGAAAAAGGUGUUCUAGCUGUUUGCAUCAAAGGAAAAAAAAGAUUUAUUAUCAAGGGGCAAUAUUUUUAUCUAUUUCCAAAAUAAAUUUGUUGAUAUAAUGUUAUCAAAAUAGAUUUACAUCAGCCUGAUUAGUAUAAAAUUUUGUUGACAAUUAAUCCAUUCCUGGCAUAAAAAGUCUUUAUCAAAAAAAUUGUAAAUGCUUGCUUUUUGUUUUUACAAUCAUGGCCAUAUGAAAAUACGAACAGGAUAUAGGACAACGUGUAAAUUUUUGUUAUUAUUUUAAAGAUAUGAUUUAUCCUGAGUGCUGUAUCUAUUACUCUUUUACUUUGGUUCCUGUUGUGCUCUUGUAAAAGAAAAACAAAUAUAAUUUCCUGAAGAAUAAAACAGAUAUAUGGCACUUGGAGUGCA